AUGGAACUUGGCGCCAAAGCAGCUGAACCUUCUGCCACAACCUGUACUCUGCCUGCCCAGUGGAAGCUGACUGACUCCAGAAGCGCACAGCCUUUGCUGUGUAAAGGUCAGCACAAUGGAUACAUCGCAGCUUGCUUUUCUCCUCAUGAAGGCUUUGAAAUGUACAUUAAAGAAUUUGGAUUUAAGGGUAGCCAUAAAUCUUGCAUAGAAAUGCAGAGCCGCCGCACCGCAAACACGCGCCGGCUGAGGGGCGGGGGCCAGGGCCGGAAGGGGCGGGGCCAGGCCUGGAGCGUCGGAGCGCCAACCCAGCCCCCGCGCUUUCUUUUCCGCUUGGCCGCUGAAGAAGGAAGGGCUCUGAGGCUCCGUCUGCCUUACGGGCGUGGCGGCAACGCCCGCGGACACGUCUCCCCGCUCUUCGAGGGGGGAAGGCCUCGCGGAGUUAGGUCAUUUUCUUAUUUCUCCCGGGAACCCGACUCCGUGCCAGAGUCUAUAGGUCGGCCUCGGGCCCCUCCGCCUUGUGUGUCCUGCCCCGGGAUCCCCAUCCCGGUGGCCUCCGUCCAUUGCUGGGCACAGCCCAGCGGUCGGCGCGGCCUCGGCCUCCAAGUCAUCCCAGGAGGCCAUCUUCCCCUCCCCCACCCGGUUGACGCCGCCUCGAGCUCUCCUCCGUGCCUUCUGCUCAAUCGCAUUUUGUGCAGCAGUGCCUAUGAGUUGAAGAUGAAGAUCAUUGUGAUAAAUGUUUUCCAAAAACCUGUCACAGAAGAUGGCUGUGAAAACACCAGGAGGACUGCUGCAUGUGUAACAAGCAGAUAAGUACCUGCAAAUGAAUGUUCAAGUGCUUAGCAGUGGUGCUUAAAAACUUCAUUACCUCAAAGUUGUGGCACACGACGUUUUCGAAGGAAAAAUGAAGAGUUGUUCAAGAAGACGUGCAUUAAAGCGAGUGACAAAAAUUAAAAUUUUAUGUAACAGUCAUCUCACAAUAAAUUAUGCAGAAAAAUACAUCUUCGAAUGAUUUUAAUUGCUGGUCAAUAAAGUCUGUU